AUGGCCGAUGUCAAGAAGAUUGAAGAUGGUGACCUGAAGUCUAAAGAGAUGGGACCUUCCUCUAUCAAGUGUCUGAUGCUGAGCUCCUCAAAUUACAUUGUUUGGUCCAUGAGAAUGAAGAUUGCCCUAAAGGUUAAUAAGGUGUGGGAGACAAUUGACCCAAACACGAAGGAUGAAGAGAAGAAUAACAUGGCGAUUGCUCUGUUAUUUCAAUCUAUCCCGGAGGCGUUGAUAUUACAAGUAGGAGACCUUGAUACAUCCAAAGGAUUUUGGGAGGCAAUCAAAGCAAGGCAUAUUGGAGCUGAAAGGGUAAAGGAGGCUAGGCUACAAACGUUGAUGGCUGAAUUUGACAGGAUCAAGAUGAGAGAAACCGACACCAUCAAUGUAUUUGUGGGAAAACUCUCAGAAAUUGCUUCAAAGUCUGUCUCUCUCGGAGAAACUAUCGACGAGACAAAGCUUGUGAAGAAAUUUUUGAAGUGUUUACCACGGAAGAAAUACAUACACAUCGUAGCUUCCCUUGAGCAAGUACUUGAUUUAAACAGUAUUAGCUUCAAAGAUAUUGUUGGGCGACUCAAAGCUUACGAAGAAAGAAUUUGCGAAGAAGAAGAAGAACAAACCGAAGAUCAAGAAAAAUUGAUGUAUGCAAACUCUGAUUCACAGAGCUAUUAUCAAGAGAUAAAUAGCGGAAACAGAGGAAGAGGACGAGGAGGUCGAUCAAGUUGGAGAGGAAGAGGUCGUGGUCGUUAUGGUUAUGGUAACGUAUUACAAGACAAAGAAAAGGAUACUUCAUCAAUAACAUGUUAUCGAUGCGACAAGGUGGGACAUUACGCCUCUAAUUGCCCUGAUAGAUUGCUAAAGCUUCAAGAAACUCAUGAGAAGAAGACGACCGAAGAGACUCAAGAGGCUGAUGAGUUAAUGAUGCAUGAAGCAAUUUUCCUGAAUAAGAGUAAGGUGAAACCAAGCAUGUUCGAAUCUGAUCUAGACACAAAGAAUGUGUGGUAUCUCGAUAAUGGUGCUAGCAACCAUAUGAGUGGAAAUCGAGAUUUCUUUGUGAAUCUAGAUGAAACAAUUCAGGGAAUGGUGAGGUUUGGUGAUGACUUGCGCAUCAAAAUACAAGGAAAAGGUUAUGUAUGUUUUGUGUUUGCAAACAGAGAUAAGAAGGUGCUGAGCAAUGUUUAUUACAUACCAAAUCUACGAAGCAAUAUAAUAAGUCUUGGGCAAGCCACUGAAGUAGGUUGUGAGGUGCAAAUGAAGGAGAGUAGAUUGAGAAUCUAUGAGCGAAUGGGUGGUUUACUAAUAGAGACUGGAAGGUCAAGGAAUCGUCUAUACAAAGUGGUUCUGGAGGUUGACAACCUCAAAUGUCUGCAGUUAGCUUCUUCGACAGAAUUAACUAAGUGGCAUGCUCGUUUGGGUCAUAUUAAUGUCGAGACAAUGAAGACAAUGAUCAACAAAGCAUCAUAG